AUCGAAUUUGUUUCAUUUCUAAGGGUAGCUACUAGCCACAGAGCUAACGAAACGGACGUAGUUUCAUUGAAAUAACUAAGUUUUAAAAUUCAUUUUAAAUGUGUAAUUCCAACAGUUUGACAUGGUUAAAAAACGUGAUGUAUUGCCUGUAAAUGAUUCCCCACAAAUUAUGGAAUUGGAUAACACUCGUAGCAUAGUUGCUGAUUACAUACGAUACCGACUGGAGUUUUCUGGAUACCAUUGGGAAAAUGAUGGCCGACAAGGAAAUGUACAACCUAACCCAGUACAACGAGCUAUGCGCGAUCUUGGCGAUGAGUUUGAACAGAGAUUUAGUACUAGAUUUGACGAUUUAGUUAAGCAGCUUCACCUGACAGAUGAAAAUGCUCAUGAUGUCUUCUCCACUGUAGUUGCUGAAACGUUUGUUGGAGGUGUAAAUUGGGGACGUAUUGUUGCGUUAUUUGGAUUUUCUGGGCGUUUUGCUGUACACUGUUUUGAAAGUAACAAACCUCAUUUAGUGGAUAAUGUUGUCGAAUGGGUUACAACAUACGUGGAAACUAAUUUACGUAAUUGGAUGAGUACUCAUAAUAAUUGGGUAAGUUUUUGUAAAGUAUAUAUUUAAUUAACAACAAAGUUAAGGUAUUUAAGGUGAUUCAUAAUUGAAAUUGACAUAGACAUUGUUUUGUUAGUUAUUGUCAAUAUUGUAAAGACGUGGCAUGGGCAAUGGCAAUAGUCAAUAGUAUAGAUAGUGAUAGAGUUAGAGGCUUAAAUAAAAGUUAGUAAUACUUUACUAAUUUAGAAGCAUAAUGUGUUGCUCAAUAACAGUAACAUUUGUUUUUUAAUGUUAAUAGGUGGAUCCUAUAACUUGCGACAUCCUUUAAUCUAUCUUUCAAAUUAUUUAUAUUAUAUCAUUCAUAAUAAUACUAUAUUACUAACAUUAGAUUAUCAAUAUUAUCAUGUUACUAUUUUUCUUUAAAAAUUUUGAAAUCAGAAAUUGCCAUGUAGCGUUUGUUAUAUUCCUUGCUGCUUAGCUUAGUACUUACUUUGAUUUUGAUCAAGAUACUAUUUUCUAAAUUUUAAAUCCAAGCACAGUGACCUGCAAACAGAUUUUCUUAAACGCAAAUGUAUUGACCCACUACCCCAAAAUUUUUUGAAUUAAAUGUAUAACCCGAUGAAAGAAUAAAAGAUGUACAAACAAAAAAGAUGCAAGUUACUUGUAUUAAAAAAUAUUAUGAUAUUAGUGAUACUUUUUUAAGACACUGACUGAAAAUUUCUUUACAAAUUAUUAUUUUUUAGUUACAUUUUUCAGCAGGUGAUCCUUCAGAAAACCCUCAGGUGUUGCCACCCAUGGGUUUGGAACCAUGGGCCUAGAUAGUAUUCGAAUACUAAUACUUAAUUAAAUUGCUUCAUUUGCCAAAAAUGUAUUAUAUUAACCUACAGUCUGCAGUACACUGAAUUUUCUCUGAUCCUUAUUUGAGUUUAGUCUUUUCUUGACAUUUACAAGACAAUUACACAAAGAGUAAGAAGAAAGGUUGCAUCAUAAUCAUUAGUGACAUUAGUAUCUAUACUUUUACUUUUUUACAAGGCCUUUAUUUUUUGACUAACUUACUUAACCCUUAUAGUAUAGCUCAGUUUUCAAGUGAAUUAAGUGUUUUAUCCAUGUACACAAAUAUUCAAAUUCAUAGACUCAUAGUCUGUUAAUGUAAAAAUAAUAGGAUAAGAAAAUUUUUUAAUGCUUUGAAAUCUAAAAAGAACAAAAUACUCAAAUUUGACUAAUCAGGCUUAUUACUUACAAGGUAUCAGUAAGACGCUUUACUAAACUCCCCAAAAUGUAACUUAAGCCUAACUUAAUAUUUGCCAUAAGUUGAAACAGUAAGUUAUAAUAAUUUUGGGAAGAGUAUAGUUAACAGUUCCUACUUUAAGCUUCCAGUUUUUUACUUUUAAGUUUAAAUUUUGACUAGUCCAGAUUUUAAAAAUGUGUUUUAGGGCAGGUUUACUAAAAACAAGACAGGCAUUCUUUAUUUAAGUUAUUAAGCAAUUUUAGCCUUUUUGGUGAAAACUAUAUUUGCAAGUUGAAGUCAAAGGCAACAUAAUAAGGCAAAUCAAAGACUAAAUAAAUAUUUGUGAAACUUUUAAUCAAACUUAAAUUAUUGAUUUUUAUUGAAGAUUUAAAAAAAAAAAUAAUUUUAAAACAAAUUUAAUAAAUAAAUAAAUAAUACCAUUUUCCAUAAUUGACAUUUUAUAUUAAAUAAUAAUUAUCCAUAAUUCAAUUUAAAAACCUGUGUAACAAAAAUUCUGUCAUAACCAAAAUUAAAUGUCAUUCAUUUCAGUGUUGAUAAAAUUCCAACCAUUCCAAUCCAGUGAUAAAAGUUAUGGUCACCUAUUAGUAUUAUUAUUUAUCUUAAGAGGUCAUGGUUAACAAUGUAAGUGUUAAAAAUUAUACAUCACUUCUAAUAUAUUUUUAUUGAGGAGACAAUACUAUGACUGCAGUAAUUUUGUAUAGCUAUUAAUUUAAAAAAGUUAAAUAGAUGGCUAAUUUUAAACCAUGAAUGCAAUGGCAAUAUAAAUAAAAUUCUUGCAAGUAAUACUUUUACCACUACUCUAUACCAGCAUAACUAUUCCUAUACUCUAAGAAUGUUCUCUUUAUGAAAACUUCAGAUAGUUGACUUUUGUGACUUAGUCUGCUAAAUAGUAUUUACCUAAACUUUUAAUUCAUAGAAACCAUGUACAUUUUUCUUUUACCAGCUGAAAACUUCUUGAAUUCCUACAAAUAACGAAACACUGAGUAUAUGUAGAUAAAUAGCUCGAGGCACUAACAUGGUAAAGCUUUAAAAAGAAAAAAAAAAGAAAGUUUUGUGUCUGCGAGUGAGAGGCAGUAUCAUCUGGCAAACAAUAUAAAGAAAAGAAUAAAUGGAUGCAGUAGAAUAUCCUAAUCCACUUUUGAAAAGAAAGGGAUUUUUGGAGGGAAGUCAGAUAAAUUAGAGAGUAUAGUCUGGUGUCUAAUGAUAAUGUUAAGAUAAUCUCUGCAUACAAAAUAUUACUAAUUAUUUAUUCCUUCUAAGAGUCACAUGUAAGCCCCCCCCCCCGCAGAAAUUUUUUGGGGUAAAAAUGGCCCCAGCUAUGGGUACCACUGUGUACUAUAAAAAUGUAUUUGUAUGAUUAAAAUUUAUUUAUUCACCAAAUUUUCAGCAUUUUCUCCUAUUUUUAAUCAUAAAAUCUGUUACAUUAACAGAAGACAUAUUUGGGUACUUGAAUUUACCUUUUACACUAGUUCCUUGCUAUGUUUUCCCUCAUCAAAUUUGUAGUGACUGUGUUGUAUGGCUACAUAUGUUUAGCUCAACUGUUAUGUUAUCCUUCAUCCUUCUUAGAGUAGAUAAUCCCUGUAUCUCACUAAAUUUAACAGGAACAAGUAAAAUUACUUUGCAAAAUAAAAAGAUUUCGACCACUCAUUUAUUGUUCUGUUAUAUAGUCAUGAAGGUUGUGACUAGCAAUAGAUGAUAACCUUCUAUAUCAUCCGAAUCUGAGGCUUAUUAUUAUAUAUUGACUUAAGAAUACUGCUCAGACUAGAGGUGUUACAAAUAUGAACCAGCAUUUUUACAUUUGAAAUUUCAAGGUGACCUUACUAACCAGCUAUUACAUAAUAUGUUCCUUGGAUAUUUUUAACAUUAGUACACUUUUUAUCGAUUAUUCUAGAGACCAUGUUUCUUGAAGUUUUAUAUUCAUAUAUUUCAAAAUAUGCAAAACUAGGUUCCGCCAAAAUUUGAUAAAAGCAAAUUUAGAGCUUUUAUCAACACUCAUGUCAAUUUAAAUUAAAGUAUGUAAACAUGGGAUCCCACAGCCGAAAUGCGCUCAUAAAUAUACAUAUAGAUCACACUGAAAAUAAUGACGUUCACCUAACAAUCCUCUUAUGAAUCUGUUGCAUGCUGUGGUUCAUUACUGCAACUAAAAAAGGGGAGCCAGUAACAAAAUGUGAAACAAUUUACAUUGUAAAGAAGAAAUGCUCCGAUUUUGGGGCGUACACACCACAGAUGGCAAUUUGAAGAUUGUGUGUGACAUUCAGUAUGUGAAAUAGGAAAAAAGUGGGUUUUUGGAUGAGGGCAAUGUUACACAGAAACCAUUUUAAUGUUAAUGUUGGUCUUUUAUUGAAAUAAAAUUGCAUUAUAAGUUUUAACUCAGUGUUGAAUCAGGAGGUCUAAAAAAAAAAAAGAAACUAAAUUGAAAUAUCUCAAAUAUAAAAAAAAAAUCUCUUUCAUUAAGGAUGGAUGUGGGGGACACUGAAAUCUUUUGUUGGUGUUCAAGUGGGGCAAAAACUGUUGGGAAAUGCUGCACUAAGUCCUUGAGGCCAAUGAUAUGGUUUGAUAAGGGACAUCUCCAGGAGCAAUGGGGGGUACCAUCAUUUCUUGAAGACAUCUUGAGUUCUGCAACAAUGGAUCUAUUGGCCUCUUGCAGUAUGGAACCUUUUUUUUUUUGUUACUCAAGAGAGUCAUUAGGCUCAAUCAGUUACUGUUUGCACACAAGUUUCAUGGUUGAUAGUGAAUGUGUUCGGUGAGGCUUUUAUGAUGUUUCAAAAGAUUUUUCUCCAAAUCUCCACAGACAGCUUGCAGCCAUCUGCCAUGCUCACAUUUAACACUAUGACUGCAUCAAGAUGUUGAUAUUUUCCAGUGUGAUAACUUCAGUGUCUGAAACCGUUUUUUUUUUUUUUUUUUUUUUUUUUUUUUUUUUUUUUUUUUUUUUUUUUUUUUUUGUUUUUUUUUUUUUCUGUUUUUUUUUAUUUUUUUUUCUUUUUUUUUUUUUUUUUUGUUUUUUUAUUUUUUUUUUUUUUUUUUUUUUUUUUUUUUUUUUUUUUUUUUUUUUUUUUUUUUUUUUUUUUUUGAUGUUAGGGAUUUUUCUACGACCUCUGAUAUGAAAGUGUUUCAACUUCCUUAUUUUGCUUUGGAAGACUGUCCAAAUUUCACUAGCUUAGGAAGCACAAGUGCCUUUUGGAAUUUAUGCUAAGUAUGGAGUAUGGGGGCUGAAGCCGCUCCAUGUCUGAUUUCUCUAACAGCGGGGAGAUUCACUUUAUCAUCUGCGAUGAUUAUAUUGUGUCACUGAGUGUCGAGGUAAUGGAAUCUAUGCCAUGUCCAGUCAUUGCCCAUGGGCAUGGCUUUUCAGAAGCUUGCUGGUGCAAUGCUCGUCUUCUGAGCAUUGAUGAUUAGAUCUUGGGAGAAAUUUAGAACACUGUUUGCGCACUCAGACUGGCAUCUGAGCCAGCACUGAUGGCGCAAUCGUCACCAAACAGAAAUUCACUGAUUCCGGUACAUUAGUAAGGGCUAUUUUUUUAUUUAUUUUAAAAUCAACAUUGUGUUUCCUUUUUUCCAAUUGAAAAUAAUUUUAAAGUACCGGUAUAUUAAAAUCCAGUUUCAUGUGGCAAUAAUAAAUUAUAUAGCAUAAGCUUUUUUUUUUUUAGAAAAAAGAAGAAUGCAAUUCCCUUACCAAAGUAUGAAAAAAAUAUAUUACUUACAAAUUGCGUUUGAAUUUUGUAUACCUAUGCAUUUUGCAUAUAAAUUUAUUUUUAUUUUUUUUUUUUUUUUUUUUUUUUUUAUAAAUUUUUUUUUUUUUUUUUUUUUUUUUUUGUUGUUGUUUUUUUAAAGUUUGCUAUUAAUACUUUUAAAAAGAAUUAUUAUUGUUGAUAAUGAUACUACGCACCAGAGUAAAGUUUAAGUAAAAAUUGAAACACAGAUUGAGGGCGGCUUAUUUUAUAAAUAGUUCAAUUGAAACGUUACAUCCUAUGAAUCAUGAACGAUUUGAUUUAUGGCUACAAUUUAUUUUAAAAAAAAAACAAUGCAAAUGUUAAUUAAUUGAUGCACCUGCACAUCUUUAACUAACACGUACAGCCCUACUACAGAUAAACUAUUCAAACCACCGCUGCAUAAAGCGCAACAAUGUCCUCAGCUAGUUGUGGCCUAAGAAUAGAUCGAACGGUUGCCAACAGUGUGUAUGUCAAUACCAGCCCACGCACACAGGAAGGUUUGUUUAGAAUGGGUCCCCAGGCAAGGCAUCGAUUUUAACUGUUUUUUUUUUAGUUGUUUUUUUAUCACUCAUAAGGACAGCUUGACACAAGAAUGCGAAUUCAUCAAAUAAUUGUGUUUUAUUAAUUUUAUAUAUCUGGGUAGUUGAAGAUAAAAUCUCCCCAGCUUGUCUGCAGGGCGUCAUAUGGGAAGGCACCCCCCCCCCCUUUUGAAUUUACAGGUUUUAUUUAAAUUAUUGGUAUGUACUGUGGCGCCUCAAGUAAUAACUUAAUAAGUCAACCAAGUUUUUGUCGCCCCCACCCCGGAAAAAAACAAAACUGAAAUGACUCCCCAGCUUGUCUGGUGUAAACAGCGAAGAUCCCAUUACUCAUUCACUUUCUAAACUCUAAACCAGCAGUUCUUAACACGUGGGUCGCGACCCUUACAUAGGGGUCGCCUAAGACCAUCGGAAACACAUUUAUGAAGUAGCAACGAAAAUAAUUGCAUGGAUUGGGGGGGGGGGGGGUCACCACAACAUGAUGAACUGUAUUUAAGGGUCGCGGCAUUAAGGAAGGUUGAGAACCUCUGCUCUAAACGGACACAAAUUAGGACCACUGCAGAUUACACAGUACAAACGACAUGCUAAACUCCCUAAAAAAUUGGUUCAUAUAAGGAAGACAAAUAUUUUGUUAAAACGCUGAUGUUCAAUUGCUAUCAGCCUUGAGAAAACUACGAUGCAACCUUCACCUUGUUUAUGUCUGAUUUCCCAGCUGAGCUGUGGUCACGUGAGUUACUCCCCAGUUUAAACAUCAUGUGCCAAUCACAAUGUGUAUUCACUACAAUGCACUGCAUUUUUCGGGGCUUUUUUUGUUUUGUCUUUUUGUUGUGGGUUUGUAAAAAAAAAAAAAAAAAAAAAAAAAAUUAGUUUUAGGGCUCGGUAAACAAUUUAUUAUUUUGUUGUUUCCCCACUCAAUUUCACUUGAUCCUAAAAGCAAAAUAACUUGUCUUGAAAUGGAUCGGGAGGGGCACACCUAGCAAACUCUGCCUGGCUUGUUAAACCAGACACUAAUCAUCUGUAGCACUUAUAUUUUUUAUAAACCGGAAUUGAAAACUUUGGGGAACUUUUUUUGAGGUACCGAAAUGGAUUAUUACAUUUUUAAAAUUCUCUUGGAAAACUUGCUGAGAUUGAGAUACUGUUGGUAGUCUUGACCUUUAGAGAUAUAUAUAUAUAUAUAUACAAAUUAUAUACUAUAGUUAAAACACCUGAUAGCAAAUGAAUAAUUGCUCAUGGUUUAAAGUUAAUUUUUGUUUCUUUCACAGCAAGGUUUUUUGGAGUUUCAGUCAAGAGGAGCUGAUCGACUAAGUGAUAGCCAGUGGCCAAAUUUUAAGACGAUUGUUAGCUGUGCUGCUGCAGGUCUUGGAGUUCUUACACUUGGUGCAUUUCUUGCACAAAAAUCUUAAAUGUUAAGUGAGCUUUUAAAUUAUGUAUCAAGUUAACAUAAUAACUUUAUCGUAGAUAUUAAUUAAAUUAAUUGAGACAAAAAAAUUUGAAUAUAAUUAUUUCUUUAGUUUGCAUUUUAAUUGUUGGUCAUGUUGUACCGGUAUCACUUUUAAGUUUUAUUGAACCUGUUUUAAAACCACUAACGAAUGAAAGGUUGUGAAAUAUAUCAUCAAAAACAUUUGCAACCUAUUAGAAGAGGUUAUUGAACAUCUGCAGUACCAAGUUUUAAUGUAUGUAAUGUGGAAUGGAAGAUUUAAUCUAUGUAUGCAAAGACAUUUAACUUAACACUCUUAUUGUGUACCGUCAUUCAGAAAAAAAUAGUAUUUUAAUUCUAUAGAUAAGAAUUCAUUGCUUGCAGUCAAUCAUUCUCAUUCAUAAUCAAUUUGUUAUACUGAUCAUGUAUGAAUCUUAUUUUAAAAUUUAGACAUAAUUUAAAAGUAGGUAUAGCCAUAUAUCCUUUACUACUCCACAUUAGAAAACCCAAUUAAAGGAGGGUCUUUCUUUAAAUUAUAUUAGUUACGGGAUAAAUGAAAAAAUUAAAACAUCCUGUAGUGCUAUAUUAAAUGUUUUACCUAUGUUAAAUUGAGAUUUCAUUCAUUCCUAUUUUUAUAAUUUUGUCAUUAGUAGAGUAAAUGUUUAUUCUCUAUCCAGAAAGAGAUAAGAGUAUGCCACUGAAAGAUUCUAUGUAUAUAAGAAUAAGAUCAUUUUGAUAAUUUAAAACAAAGCAUCUUUAUUGUUGUACAUAUCUAAACUAUCACAUUAUUUUUUUAAUAAAUGGAACCAUUUUCUUGGGACCUAUUAAACCUUGCACGGCGCCUCCUCGUUGGUGGGUCCUGGGGUUGCCUGAUUAAACUAAUUGAGGUUUCAGUGGGCUAGCAGAAUGCGUGCAAGUUUCUGAAGCAUUUUUACAUUUAGACUUCAUACCUCUCCCUCCCACAACCUCUCUGUUGAAAGAAUUUGAACUUUUCUAUUCUCUGUGUUAAUGAUUCAUGCUGGCCUACUUCUGGCCCAGCAUUCAUGAUGAAUUUAUGGUUCCUAUAACCAAAGUUCUCAACCAUUGUAUCUAAACCUUAAUUGGGCCUCAUUUAUUUUCCCGUACUCCAACUCCGUCAUUGCAUUACUGACAGCUGAAAAAUUAAUAUAAUUUUCUCUACUCACACUUUCUUUUAUUCCCUAUUCCUUUAAAUACUUGUCACUGUUAUUUAAUUUUUGUUAAAAUAUUUAACAUUGUAUUACUGGAUGUAUGACUAUAUCUACCUCUACUUUGUAAACAUCGUGCAACUUUACAGUUGAAUGAAGUUUGUCAGAGCAAUGUUGGAUUAUGACUUGUAAAAUUCCUGAUUUACUUGGAUUCAUCUUCAAUUCUUCUUCAGUGGGGAGAUUUUUAAAAAAAUACCCGGGUAUUUGAUAGAAAUUUUUUGACAAUCGAGCUUUAUGGAUGUAAAUCUGCUAAACCUCCCAGAUUCCUAGUUGUUGAGAAAUAUUAAGUGGAUAAUAAGAAAUAGUUACUUAAAAAUCUGUAUGAGGAUGAAAAAAAGGGUAAAAAUUAUUUUUACAGAUUAAAUCAUUAAUGUACUUUACUGAGCUAAAGUAUUUCUGCCACUUUUUAUAUCUUCUUUAACCCACUUAUUUUCCCAUUGUGUCAUGACUAAUACAAGUCAUUAAUGUACAUCCAUCCAAAAUAAAAUGUUUUUAAUAGUUGUCUUUUGUGUAUUCAGUUUAAAAAUAUCCACUGGCUUGAUCAUGUGCAAACAAGCUGCUUGUGUUACUGAAAAUGAAUUAUGCAUGUUUAAGUUAAAAUGAAAACGAGACUAUUUCCAGCUUUCAUUUCAUAUCACAUGAUAUCACAUGGCAAUAUGCUGGCAAAGUGUUAAGUCAUUUGGCAUGAAGAUUAUAGAAAGAAGACCCACAUUUUACGUUUAAGGGACAUUACUUAGUUUGCCUAAAGUAAAGUUUCUUUGCAUCUACUGCCAUCAUUACCCACUGGUUUAGAAAGACUAAGCAGUAAUAACAAAUGUCAUUGCAAGUGUCACAUAACCUAAGCUUGAUUUGGAGGUUGACUGUUUACGUAGUACUGGACCCUAAAGAUUAUGCAGAGGAGCAGUUACCAAAGAAGGCAUAUUUUAUUCUACUGUGUGUUGUGCUUGAACUGCCGGCGUAUUAAGGACCAUCUAUUUAUGUCUUUCAUAAGCAUGCCGGUAACUGAUUUCUUCGAAUUUUUUCUGUAUAAAUACAGUGUUCUAUAACAGUAAAAUUAUCUCAAAUGUGGUUUUUUUUUUUUUUUGGUUUUUUUUUUUUAAGUGUUUUUUUUUGAGUUUUUAGUUCAAAGGAAAUGCCCUACAGGAGGAGGGCAAUAUGACAAAAUAAGUCACUGUGUUAUAAUUGCUUAUAAAUUUUAGAAUUUUUUCUGUAUAAAUACAGUGUUCUAUAACAGUAAAAUUAUCUCAAAUGUGGUUUUUUUUUUUUUUUGGUUUUUUUUUUUUCAAGUGUAUUUAUUUGAGAUUUCAGUUCAAAGGAAAUGCCCUACAGGAGGAGUGCAAUAUGACAAAAUAAGUCACUGUGUUAUAAGUGCUUAUAAAUUUUCUAACAUUUAAUUCAGUUUCUCUUGGUUAAAAUGUUUAGUAAUUAUAGAAUUAUUAUAGCACUAAUUGAAAAAUUAUCAUGAUAUUAGUAUUAGUAUAUAUAUAUAUUUAUAUAUAACUUAACAUAUUCAUGUUAAGAAUGUUUUAAAUACUUAUAGUUAUAGUUUUUAUUAUUAAUACUUUAUUUAACGGGUGGGGGGAAAUUUCUUAUUGACCGUAACCUUCAAAUUUGAUUUACAUGUAAUUAUUUUUACCAGUCCCCAUUAGAAUUGACGCUACCCGUUAAUUGUAGAUUUUCAAAACUAGUUCGGUUUGCUUUAAAUAAAUGCUUAAAUGUCAGCCUUUCGUGUACAAAAAUAAACAAGUUAGAAAGCAAUUUUAAAUCUCACAGAAAAACAAGGAAUAAAAGAAUAAGACGGAAGCACAUUUUUUUUGCUUUAGACUUAGAGUAGACUUAUAGUAAAUUAUAGUUAUUGUAGUGUAAGACUUAUAAACUUAUAGUAAGUUAUAGUUAUAGUUAAUCUAGUGUACAAAUGACUUACAAAUUUAUAGUAAGUUAUAAUUAUUGUAGUGUAAAAUCAAUCUCACCUUUGUAUUAUUUUAUUCACAGAUGAUGUAAACAUUUAACUUGAAUUUGUUAUGUGUACAUUUUUAUCACUUAUAAUGUUGGUGUAAUAAAUGUAUAGAAAUGUUGAAAAGCAAAUUGUUCUAUAUCUAUUUGUGUGUCUUAAUGUAACUGUUGUAGAGACAGGAAAGCCCCAAUAGUCUUGAGGUCAGUUAAAAGUAACUGAAACUGAACACACACAAAAACAGUGGGAUUGAAACAACUAUUCCAUCCAUUUAGGUUUUGGAUGUACCAAUAGAUGAUGAAAAGAUUUUUGUAGUUGAAAUCUUCCUCUCAUAUAUACAGGGGUAAUUAUAGUAUUAUAUUUUAAUUAUUUAGUUAAACUAUUACUAUUAACCUGUGCCCUGGAAGUACAUGAACUCCGUGUGACUUGUUCAUUUAUGUAAAUGAAAAUUGUGUGACCUAAAUACAGUUAUAUACAGGUAUAUGAGAUUUAAUUCAUCCAAAAUAAUCAUUAUUGGGGUUAUCUCAUUUAAACUGCAGUACUUGUUGGUUUUAAAUUAAAUAAAAGCUCUCACAUGCAAUUAUCACACAAGAAAUGACCAGCUACUCAGCUCUCAAACAUCAUUUUAGUUGGCC